ACGCCCAUCGUAAGCCCAGGGUAUGUGAGUUAAAACACCUCCCUGGUAAGCCUUCGCUUUUAUUUGCAGAGGUUAAAUUAUAUAAAGCGUAUACAAAAUACUGCAUAGGCAUUCGCAUUCGCAUCAGAGAGGAGGUUAGGCCCAAACAAAGUUGAAACUUUCGCGAGAUUGGUUUGAAGACGGUGGAUUGCUUGAAGUUGGGAUCGAGGUACAGACUGAAAAUGGCGCGAGUGGCAUUUUUUGUUGUUUUCGUGAUCGUCUGCGCAGUGUCGGUUGCGUCGUCGCCGACGGAAAGGGAGAUAUCAGAGAAACAGAUAAAGGAGAAGGGUCGCAUGCUGCUCGCUAACUUCCGCCAGAAGGCAAGAACCUUGCUAACGAUGAAAGUUGCCGAGUGGAAGACGGCUGACCAGAUUGAAACGAAUGUCGAUAUCUUGGAAAGAUUUCAACAUGUCGAGAAGGAGGCUGAAUACGAAAUCAAACAGCACAUCGUCGACGCGAUCAAUGGAAACGAACCCGUGGUCGAUCCCGACAUUCCCCCACACUCGGAGGAGAUCGCAACUUUGUUCGGGGAGGCGCUCUUCGCCACUACGUAUGCCGAACAGAGCACUAAAGAAGAUAGCAUGAUACAAAUACUCAAAGAUAUAUUAGAAAACAAACUACAUUAAUGAUUCGAUAGAACUAUAGAAUAAGUACGAAAUUAGCCAAUUCAUACAGACUAACAUUCUAUACUAUUUUAAAACUUCAAAAUCUCAAGGUAACGCAAUUUUUUUUUUUAAUUUCAUUUAUUGAUUUUAUCACGGUAAAGGUCACCGUGGAUGUUCUUCUGUAAGUCUGCCGAUUUGGUGGAUAAUAAAAUGCAAUAUCGUGUUUUCAAUGAAAAGCCAGGUCAAUGAACCUAGUCUAGCUUAUGACAGGUUGGUUAUCACUUAUGACAAGAUAUAAGCUAGAUUAAAACAACAAAUAUGAUUUUUUUUUUUAAUGGAAACCUAUAGUUUACACCAUGUCUAUACCGUAGUCAAGUUUACAACCGGUCUUUAGCACGAUUAAAUUACGGAGUCUGGUUUUAGUGUAGGCUAACUGGUGUUUUAAUAUUUAUUGUUUUAAUAUUUAUUCUGUAUAAUAUUCAUAGUAUUACAUUUGGCUAUAUACACUUCAGUGCAACCUUUAUGUUUCUAUUUUCUACGUAACACAAAGUAUUGAGAAGAAAAAAAAAACGAUCUUUUGAUUAUAAGACGAUAUAAAUGACAGAAAAUAGGACAAGUCGAAGAUUAUCAGUUUUCUUGUAUUGAUCAAUCUAUACAUACAUUUUACUAAAUAAAACACGUGCAUUUAUAUUUUGAUAAAGGUAUACCUUGGAAAUCAGACUAUAUUUCGGGUUAAUUUGAAAGUGAAAAAUUAUUCUUCUUGUCUCGGAAAAGUACUGUCCUUAUGUACGUAAACUGCGGUAUAUAGAUUUAUUUUAAUUACUUAAGUGGUUAUUGUAUAAUGGCUUGCAUUUAUGUUGAAGAUUAUCAAUGCUAUUCCGUGCUAUUCGAUUCUGAUUAAUAUGUUGUCAAGUUGUAUCAUUCUUAAUGUCCAAAUACAGAAUAUCAUGAAAGCAUUAUUUCAAGUUUCUACCGUUGUGCCCAGUCCAUAUAAACAUGUACCUAAUUUUAAAUUAAUUAUACAUCAUAAUUCUUGUCAUAUUCAGAAUGUUAGAUUCUCAAGUGUGCUAUUUAUAUUGAAGGAAACAAUAUUUUUGAACUUAUUAUUAUUAUUUUGCAUUUAUUGACAAGAAAUAAUUAAAGACGAUAUAACUUGA